GUUCGAUAUGCCGUAGAUUUUCGUGGUCUAAUACCGGAAUCCCAUCAGCUUUUUCUCACAGACCUCUGCCCUGUAUUCAAUCGCAUGGCUGUUGGUCCACCAGCGGAGAAAAAUGAAGAGUUAUUAGCUCUUUUACGAAAUGGCUUAGUUGAAUUUGCUUCGGCAUCAUAUCCCAGGGUUCGAACGGAUACGACUAGUGCUACUUUUGUCAUAUCAUCAAAAAACCGAGAAGUUCACGCUGAUGUUCUGGUGAGAGGUAUGAUUGAGAAAUUUAUUCCUCAACGAGAUGAGUCUCCACUUAUCGAAAACAUGCUGAGACGAGGGCUCAUUCGAUCAUUUACAAACGGUAAUUUUCAUCCCAGCGGCAUUGAUAUAAACGGCCAGCAAAACCCGAUAACCAACAAAGACACGUCUAUUCCAAACAUGUGGGCAUUGGGCAACGUUUGCGAAGGUCCAAACUGGUAUACGUAUGUGUUGCCAAGACCAUCAGUGAAUUCACGAGCAAUACACGAUGCUGCAAAAUGUGCGUUUAAUAUUUUUGACUAUCUAACGAAUCGUAACAAAAGUAUUUUACAAUAA